GUAGAAUAGACAAUGCUAGUAUCUCUGGAGACGAUACCUGACGCUAGAGACAAGAGUUUGACUUGUAGAUAGUCUGGUGACACACUGUGUGAGGUGAGUGUUACUGUGGAAAGUGCCAUGAAGAUGUUGGACACCCAGAGGAUACCGGCGUGCCCCCUCUUCCAAGGAGUGGACUGUUCCUUGAUACCGUGGCCUGGGAUGCGCUACGCUUGUGUACGAGUCCUCGAACUGUACGGGAAAGUCUUUGACCAGCAGGAACUCUGCGAGCUGAUCGUUAGAAAGACAUGUUCGGGGUGCAAGUGUCCGCGAGAGGAGCACGAGGUGUACCACGUGGAGUGGGUCAACGUGAAGGAGAGGCUGGGGUUCAAGGCGAACACUGAGCCUGACAAGCAGAACUCCCGGGACCGCAGCUACAGCGAGGGUUAUGCCUGGGUACCGCCGGGUCUGCCGUCCUACAAGAUAGAGCAGUAUUUCCGGAAUGUACCAGCAGCCAAGGUUCCCAAGUUAGGAACCGCAGGAGAGAAGUACCGAGACAAGCAGUUGGUGAUACAGCUGCCCAAGCAGGACUUGGCUCUCACUUAUUGCAAGCAUGUGGAGCCAGCUCACUACUCGAGCUAUGAGGACUUUGUCAACGCUCGCAAUGAGAUCGCUCUUGAUAUCGCCUAUGCUAAGGAAGUCACUGCUACCUCGGUGUGUACCAAAUGCAAGGAGGCCAUAAACACGGAUGACAUCGCCAUCCUCGCACCCAAGCUCGGAGACCAGAAACUGUGGCACCCUGGCUGCUUCGUCUGCUCCUGCUGUGACCAGCUGUUGGUAGACCUGACUUAUUGCGUGCACUACGACCAGCUGUACUGUGAACGCCACUACGCUGAGCAGCUUAAACCUCGCUGCACUGCUUGUGAUGAGUUGAUUUUCAGCGGCGAAUACACGAAGGCGAUGAACAAGGACUGGCACUCGGGCCACUUCUGCUGCUGGCAGUGUGACGAGUCUCUGACGGGACAACGCUAUGUGCUGCGGGACGAGCAUCCCUACUGCAUCAAGUGUUACGAGAGCGUCUUCGCCAAUGGCUGCGAGGAGUGCAAUAAAACCAUCGGCAUCGACUCUAAGGACUUGUCGUACAAGGACAAGCACUGGCAUGAGGCAUGUUUCCUGUGCAACAAGUGCCGAGUGUCACUGGUCGACAAGCAGUUCGGCUCCAAGCUUGACAAGAUAUUCUGCGGCAACUGCUAUGACGCUCAGUUCGCUUCCAGGUGUGACGGCUGUGGUCAGAUCUUCAAAGCUGGCACCAAGAAGAUGGAAUACAAGACCCGACAGUGGCACGAGCCGUGCUUCGCUUGCUGUGUCUGCAAAACUCCCAUCGGCACGAAGAGCUUCAUCCCUCGUGAGCAGGAGAUCUACUGCGCCACUUGCUACGAGGAGAAGUUUGCCACUCGCUGUGUCAAGUGCAACAAGAUCAUCACAAGCGGUGGCGUAACUUACAAGAAUGAGCCAUGGCAUCGUGAGUGCUUUUCUUGCACCAACUGCAGUACUACACUGGCCGGAGUGCGCUUCACUUCGCGUGACGACAAACCUUACUGCGCCGAGUGCUUUGGAGAGCUAUUCUCUAAGAGAUGCACUGCUUGCUCCAAACCCAUCACAGGAAUUGGUGGCACCCGUUUCAUCUCUUUCGAGGAUCGCCAUUGGCACAACGAUUGUUUUAUGUGUGCGUCCUGCAAGACGUCUCUGGUGGGCCGAGGCUUUAUCACUGAUGCGGAGGAUAUUAUCUGCCCAGAAUGCGCCAAGCAGAAACUGAUGUAAACGAACUUCGCACACGCAUCCUAGAGCAAUCAACAAACAAACUGCACAAUUCAUUUCUUCAGCUGCAAGGCACUUCGGACCUCAGAUUCCCAAAUGGCCACCACCAUCUGGAUUCUUCCAAAGAGGUCCCCGAACAAAAUUUUCCUCGAUCGGCUAAAGUAUAAAAAGUAUUGUACUCUGUGAUUUGAUUGUUGCCAUGAUUGUGCCGUGAUAAAUGCGCUCUCUUUUUCUUCUAGAGAUUUUACUCUCAAUUAACAUGCCUUAUGCAAGAUCGAUUCGGUGGCCCUAGAGACCGAAUCCUAGAUGAUAAGGUGCAAUACAGGUAGGUAAGUAAUAUCGUCCCUUGUAGGCUUAGGCUCUUCAACAUUUGCACUCCUGGAAUAGACCGUCACCUGUCGUUUAUUCCACAACUGCAAUUUACUAUAGAAACCGUGUAUAGAGUAUAAUAAAUUAGUGUAUAUACGCUUGUGUCUUCCUGCUUAUGUGCUGUGUAUUAACGUAUGUUUGAUGUUACACCAUACCUACGUAGGAGCUAGCAACAAAUCUGUAGAUAAAGUUAUCGUAGAUAUAAUAUAGAAUGUUACACGAGGUUAACUUGUUAAUCAGUUAUUCUUAUACUAGACUGUAACACUGGAUUAGGUUCAAAUUAUUUUAAUGGAUACAGAUAUACAGUUACAUAUGCUUACUAACGCUUUAUCUGUCACGUAGGUUAACUGCAUACAGUGAGCAUUGCCUUAUCGGACCGAUGCGUACUGACAGUGUCUUACACAAUGUCGCAGCUUAGAAUAGAAUCAAACUAUUUUUAUAGACUGACCACACACAGAAUUAUGGCCAGAGAUUACAAAAGUGUUAUUUUCAUAAGAAGUAAAGUUAAUUUUUAACCAACAUUUAACAAUGUUGAAAAAUCAAAAGUAAUUGUAUUUUCAGUAAUCUAAAUUGAGUUACGUAUCGUAACAAGUGGUGGCCUUAUACAGGAUCAACUUUAGGAUAAGAGCAGGUAAGUAAAUUAGUCCCCAGGUGCAUUGUAAAAAACAAACAAACAAAAAACACCAUUUGUAUUAGAAUAGUCCCUAACCACACCAUAUCAGUUGUAUUAAAUAUAUUAUAAUGUAAAUGUUAUAUUUAUAGAAUGACCUUGUUGCAUUGUUUGCCAAGCAAAAUAAAUCAGCAGGGAAAUAUUGUUGUAUUAGGUUUGUAAUGGUGCUAUUUAAUUUAACAAUGUUAGAUUCUUUAUUAUAAAUUAUUUUUAAACUCUAUUUAAUUGUCUUAGGAUUAUUAUUGUUGAAAUUGUAAGUUUGAUUAUCAUAUUAUAUACAUGUUGAAAUUAUAUAACUAUGGAAAAUAAAGUGUAUACUUAUUGGAAUAUUUAUGGUAUAAAUAUUUAUUUAUAUAAAAUUGGUGAUAAUCCCAAACUAACCGACCUUGGAUUGUUAUUAUUUUAUUAUACUUAGUUAACUUGAUUUUAUUUAUUCAUAAUUUGCUUUAACAACCUGACAAAGAUAAGCUGUUGGGAAGUGCGGUGGGACCCUGACACAUGCACCAUUACAACGAUCAAGGUGGCUUUGGCUUCACAUUCCACUGCCUUCCCAGGAACAUCUUGCUUUUUGUACCAUGUUAAAACUGAAAUAAAAAUGUAGAAAAUU